AUGAUGCUAUUUUCCAAGAGUGUCGAUGGUCUUUUCUGUUUAUAUAGUUGUGUGGACAUUAAAAAACCAAUUAUAGUGAUAAAUCCAGACACAUGGUAUAAGAAGCUCCCUUUUGCUAGGAUUCAGCAAAAGCAUUUCUUAGACAACAACAAGGUAGAGUCUCGCCUUGGAUUUGUAAAAGACAAGGUCACAGGAACAUACAAACUAGUCUGGUUACGUACCAAAACAAAGAAGAAAAUAAAAGAGGAAACCUCAUGGACAUGCGAGGUUUUCGAUUUCGGUGCUAAGAAUUGGAGGCGGGUGAUUCCACCUCCUCCUAAUCAUGGAAUAAAGCACGAGCAUGCACCAACUUUUGCAAACGGAUGGCUUUAUUGGCUCAGCCAAGAAAAGACUAACUUGGUUGCUUUUGAUCUUCACAUGGAGAUGUUUCAGAUAGUUCCAAAUCCGGUUGUUGAGAGACAUAUGGAGAUGGUAUGCAACAUGUUUGGACGCUCACUCACCACAACACAGGAGGGACAUUAUCGAUAAUGGACAAUAUGUUCUCCAUUGACUUGAACAAGAUUACUUCCACUUGGUUUGAUUCUCAUUAUUCUUCACUCCUCAAACUUAUGGCACUUUCCAAAAAUACCGGUGACAUGAUCCUCUCAAGACCCCGCAGUUCCAAAACUCUCCCACUAUCUGAACCCCUAAACCCUACUUCCAUUCACAAUUGCAUCUUUCCUUAUUCUCCUCAUCGUCGCAUUGACAGUGCUCUUCUUCCUUAUUUCCCAAGUUUUGUCUCCCCCAUGUGAAUGAACUUCAAGUUUUUAAAGAGGAGAGAAAGAAAAAUAUUUGUUAUGAAAGCCCGCUUAGC